UGAAAACAUGUGAUAACAAAAUUGAAAAUAGUGAUAACGAUUUUUAAAUUUUGAAUUUUGAAAAAGAAUCUCGAGUCGAAAAGUUUAUGAUUAAAUCGUACAGUCGGUACACUACAAGGUACAGUACGUACUUUUAAACUUCAGUCCAAUUUUAUAUUUGACUGAAUGAACAUUACAUGAAAUAAUACUCGUGCUCGUUGAUUCGGUUCGGUUGAAAAUUCGUCAAGGUUGUUCAUUCCGGUUCCGGUAUACUUGUAGAACCAAUUUUCACGUUAAUCCUAUCACAGAGGUAUUAAUUCCUGGCGAAUAAUUCAUAUUGAAAGCUGUACCUACAAGCCUAAUGCAGCUUUGAAGUGAAACUUGCGAAACUUGGUUGGAUUCAAUGAUCUUACAUUUUACUCGAUGAGUGGAGUUUUUUUCUUCCAAACAAGGUGAAACUGCAAUAAUUUGCAUCUUAGCAACUGAAAGGAAUAUUCGAAAUAACGUUUUGUAAAACGCAGAAGUUGAAAUUAUAUGAGUUUUCUGAAUGAUAAAUUUCUUUCUUUGGAUUCCGUUACAAUUUCGUAUGUCAUGUUUUCAAGAAUGGCUUUAAACAGUUCGAUGAAGAUACUAUUUCGGAUGUAAAUCGCUCAUUAAAGAAUAAUUUCACACAGCUGGUUUCUCAAAGUUCUGAUCGUCGAGCAGUGCUUCGUAGGAUUUUUUCGUUGAAAGUAGCUGCAUCAUUUGAGUUUCAAGAUGUUCUCUAUUUUACGAGACCGUUCUCAUCUCUCGAAGACAUUAUAUUUAAUCUGUAGCGGUAGAGUACUGCCCAGUUCACAAAGUUACAUUGAUUCUUCCAAAAGUGGCAGCUCGCGAAAUCAUUGUAAUUCUUCAAAGCAAGUGCUUCAUACUCAUAAUCAUAAUGCUAUUUUAAAACCAGUAUCUUUCAGUUUUCCUAACCACCCCCAUUUUUUUCAAAAAUCGCGACACAAUCACACAAAUAGCGAAAUGAAGCUAUUCUCUACUUAUCAAAACCACUCCGAUUUUUCAAAAAAGUUGUCUUCCACGAGCAAAGAUAAGAUGGAUCAGAUAAACACUCUCGUUGAAGAAUGGACAAAGCGUUACGAUUCUUUGGGCAAGCCUGAUGCCAAUGUUGUCUGCGGUACUUUGAAUACUCUAUCAAGACUUCGUGUUUUUGAUAAGAAAUGGAAUAACAAAGAUCGAGAAAACUUCAAAGAACUGAUCGUUAAAUUAGUAGUAGCAGCGAAUCAAUUAUUUGACACGAAUCGCCAAUCUGUUUAUAAAUUAAAACCGUGGCAAAUCGCGCAUACCUUGAACGCGCUAUCUGGUUGGAAUAUAUUUAGAAAAGAUAUCUGGAACGUUACUGUUCAACUGAAUGGUAAAGAAGUAACCGAAGUCCAGCAGUUCAAAUCUUUCAUCGUUAAACUAAUCCAUCAAGGAAACAAUUUACUAGACCCUAGAAACAGAAAAGUCGAUCAGUUUGAUUUUCAUGCUGUAGCCAACAGCUUGAAUGCUUUGUCCAAAUGGCAAAAGAACGAGUUGGAAGGAGCAAGCGAAUUCAUUGUUAAAUUAAUGAAACAAAGUUGUACGACGGCUAGUGGAUUCGCUUCUACGCAGCAUAAUACGGAAGAUGAAAAACAUACUUGUAUGGGCGUCAUAAAAACCUUAAAAGCUAUGUCUAAAUGGCACAACGAAGAAUUACAAGGAUCCAGAGACUUUGUCACUCAAGUACUUGUGAAAGGAACUUCACUCGCAAAUAAAUUCAACUCCAUAGAAAUCGCCAGCGGCCUAAACGCCUUAUCUAAAUGGAAUAUUAAUGAUUUCCCAGAAGCCAGAGGGUUCAUCGUUCUGCUGAUCAAACGAGGAAAUGCAAUUAUCGAUCAAUUUAGCUGUCAAGAAAUUUCCAAUUGUUUGAACGCUUUGUGUAAAUGGAAUAUCAACGAAUUACAAGGCUCCAAAGAGUUCAUAUCUCAGUUAGUUAAACGCGGAAGUGCUACAGCCAACGGAUUCAAUGCUCUAGAAGUUUCCAAUAGUUUGAACGCUGUAUGUAAAUGGAAUAUUGAUGAAAUACAAGGAACUCGGAAAUUUAUCGUCGAGUUAGUAAAAUGCGGAAAUCAAACAGUCGAUAUGUUUGAUUCGCAAAACGUUUCCAAUGCUUUAAACGCGUUUUCUAAGUGGAACAUCGAUGACUUCGAAGGUGCUGGAAAAUUCAUCAAUCGGUUAAUUGAACAAGGAAGUUCCACGAUCGAUGGAUUCGAUUCUCAAGAAAUUGCCAACAGCUUGAACGCUCUUUCGAAAUGGAAAAUCCAAGAGUUUCGAGGAUCGAAAGAAUUCAUUACAAAUUUAGUUCAACGAGGCAGCGCAACAACAGGUGGAUUUCAAUCACAGCACAUAGCCAGCAGCUUGAACGCUCUGUCGAAGUGGAAGAUAAACGAGUUGUCUGGAACUAAAGAAUUCAUCGUUCAGUUAUUAAAACAAGGCAGUUCUAUCGCUUUUGAAUUCAACUCUCGAGAGAUUUCUAAUUGUUUGAACGCGCUUUCCAAGUGGAGUGUCGACGAAUUUCGAGGAUCUAAAGAUUUCAUUAUUCAGUUAUUAAAAAAAGGUAUAAAAAAGAGCAGUGGAUCUAAACCUCUGCAUAUAGCUACGAGUCUGAACGCUCUAUCUAAAUGGAAAAUAAACGAAUUACCCGGAGCUAAGGAAUUCAUAGUCAAGUUGAUACAAGAAGGAAGCCUGACAGUAAACAGAUUCGAUUCUCAGAAUAUUGCCAACAGUUUGAAUGCGUUGUCUAAGUGGAGUAUAAACGAAUUCGAAGGAAGCAGGGAGUUCAUUAUGCAGCUCGUGAAACGUGGAAAUUCGACAAUCGAUUCGUUCGACUCUCAAUCAACCUGGAAUUGUUUAAACGCACUUUCUAAAUGGAAUAUCAACGAGUUCGAAGGUUCCGAAGAAUUCAUUGUGAAGUUGAUUAAACAUGGAAGCUUUAUAGUUGAUGGAUUUGAUCCUCAAGCUGUUGCUGCUAGUUUAAACGCGUUAUGCAAGUUGGAAGUCGAUACGUUGAAAGGAGCUAAGAAAUUCAUUAUUCUAUUAAUAAAGCGAGGACAUUCGACAGUCGACAAGUUUACAUCUCAAAACAUCGCUAGUAGUUUGAAUGCCCUAUCGAAAUGGAAUAUCGAAGAACUCGAAGGAUCAACAGAGUUCAUCGUGGAGCUGAUAAGAUGUGGAAAUUUACUCGUCGACAAAUUCAAUCCUCUACAAAUUGCAGUUAGUCUGAAUGGUCUGUCAAAAUGGAACAUCGGCGAUUUUCUAGGAGCUAUAGAAUUCAUCGAUCUAUUAGUUGAACGAGGUUGUUCAACAGUUGACGAAUUCCAACCUCAAGACAUCAGCACCAGUUUGAAUGCGGUAUCAAAGUGGAAUAUUAAUGAAUUUCGAAAAACUGGCGAAUUUAUUGUUCGAUUAAUAAAGCGAGGACAUUCAACAGUCGGCAAGUUCAAUUCUUUAGACAUCGCUAAUAGUUUAAAUGCCCUGUCGAAAUGGAAUAUAGACGAAUUCGAAGGAUCAAAAGACUUCAUCGUGGAGCUGAUAACAUGUGGAAAUAAUUUACUCGUCGACGAAUUCAAUCCUGUGCAGGUUGCUGCCAGUCUGAAUAGUCUGUCAAAAUGGAUCAUCGACGAUUCUCAAGGAGCUACCGAGUUUAUCGAUCUAUUAGGUGAACGAGGUUGUUCAACAGUUGACGAAUUCCAACCUCAACAAAUCGUCAACAGUCUGAAUGCAUUGUCGAAGUGGAAUAUAAAUGAAUUUCAAGGAGCUAGAGAAUUUAUUGUUCGAUUAAUAAAGCGAGGGCAUUCAACAAUCGACAAGUUCAAUUCUAUAGACAUCGAUAGUAGUUUAAAUGCGCUAUCCCAAUGGAAUAUCGAUGAAUUCGAAGGAUCAAAACAGUUCGUUGAGGAGCUGAUGAGAUGUGAGCGAUUUCAUCGAUCUAAGUAUUAGUUGAGCAAAAACAAGGUUGUAAACAGUUGUCGAAUUCGAACCUCAAGAAAUCACCAACAGUUUGAACUUUGAAUGUCUUAUCUAAGUCGUAGAAUAUUAAUGAAUUUCGAGGAAGUAGAGAAUUUAUUGUCUGAUUAAUUAAACGCGGGAGGGUUAAAAUUGAAAUUUAAAACACAUUCUAAAUGUAGGUACGAGUAUAUAAAUAUGAAGAAUUUUUUCUAUUCUGUUCGAAUUGUUUUAAUCGCCUGCGUUUUAUUUUCAUAGUGUACCUACUUAUAAGUAUGUCAGAACGUCCUAUUUUAUAAUUUUUAAAUGUUCGUUUUGUUAUUUUUUUUUAUCUGCGUUUACCAGAUGUAAAUUUUCAAUAAAUCGAUUAAAAUUAGAACCAUA